AUGUCCGAUACAGUCAACAAGAACGGCAAACGUCCUCAUGCAGACGGCGAAGAAGCCGAGAUAAAAGAGGCAGACGCGCCGUUCAAUGCACCCAGUGCUGACUUUAUCCUUCGUGCCUUCGAUAACGUCGACUUCCGCGUUCACAAAGUUAUCCUUUCCGUCGCUUCGCCGGUCUUCGAGUCCAUGUUCACUCUUCCGGACUCCAAAGCAGACACUCAAUACUCCAAGGAUGGCCUCCCUGUCUUGGCCUGCCCCGAACCGGCGGCCGUACUCGACCCUGUACUCCGCUUUUGCUAUCCCACAGCUACACCAAUGUUGACGGAGUUGACCACCCUGAUGCCGCUCUACGACGCUAUCGACAAGUAUUGUAUGGAAUCGCUUCUGCAUACAAUCGAAGCGGGUUUGGUUUUAGCUGUCGAACAAGAUUGUAUGGUUGCAUACGCCUUCGCAUGUCGCCACCAUCUUCAGCCGGUCAUCACAGCCGCGGCGAAGGCCUCUCUCACAACACCUCUUCAAGAUCUUCCCUUCGUCGAAGAGCUAGAGAUGAUAACUGGAGCUCAGUUGUUCAGACUUCAGGAGUAUCACCGCGCAUGUUCGAAAGCCGCCACACUCUCAGCGAAACAUUGGAAAUGGCUUUCAGUGUCAGACAUUCCUUUGGGUAGCACAGAGGCCGGUUGUAAGUGUUGUGGGAGGUAUAGUACGAAGGUGGAGGAUGUGAAAGGUUCUGUCUUCGACUCGUGUCUCAAAAACUGGGGAUUUUGGGCUCCUUUGUGGUGGUGGGAUUAUCUGGGAGCUAUGGAGAAGGCGCUAGCGUUACGUCCGCGUGGAAGUACGGCCACCGACAAGGAUGCAUUGGAUCCGUUCUUGAGGAAAGCGGCGGUUUGCAGCAAUGAAGCUUGUCGAGCGGGGAUCAAGACGUUCUUGGAGUUCGCGGAGACAUUCUCGGCCCAGAUUGAGAAGGUCAUCGAUAGAGUUAAGCCGCCGUAUUGA